AUGACAUCGAACCCGCCGUCGUCCGGUGGUGGCCCUUCGGUCUCCGCCCAACGCACCCAGACCUUAAAGAGGAGCGUACAAGCUGCCUUUGAUGACCCGGCGGAUCAUGGGAUCAGCCCCAAUGUAGGAUAUCAGAGCAAGGUUCGCGUCAUUGAUCGUUACAAGGUCAUCGGCUUCAUCAGCAGUGGAACCUACGGACGAGUCUACAAAGCUGUUAGCCGUUAUGGUCAGCCCGGAGAGUUUGCCAUCAAGAAAUUCAAGCCGGAUAAGGAAGGCGAGCAAAUUCAAUACACCGGCAUCUCGCAGUCAGCCGUACGAGAAAUGGCUUUGUGCUCGGAACUCAGACACAUCAACGUCAUCCGACUGAAUGAGACCAUUCUGGAGGACAAAUGUAUCUACAUGGUCUUCGAGUAUGCUGAACAUGAUCUGCUUCAAAUCAUACACCACCACACGCAGCCCACGCGUCAUCCCAUGGUGCCGUCGGCACUUAAGUCCAUUAUGUUUCAACUUCUGAAUGGAUGUCAGUAUCUGCAUGCAAACUGGGUCCUCCAUCGAGAUCUUAAGCCAGCCAAUAUCAUGGUGACUUCGGGUGGCGAAGUGAAGAUUGGAGAUCUCGGCUUGGCACGACUCUUCAACAAACCUCUACACAGCCUCUUCUCAGGCGAUAAAGUCGUCGUCACCAUCUGGUACCGAGCCCCGGAGCUGCUGCUCGGCUCGAGACAUUAUACGCCCGCAAUAGACAUGUGGGCCAUCGGGUGUAUAUUUGCGGAAUUGCUUUCCCUACGCCCGAUCUUCAAGGGCGAGGAGGCAAAAAUGGACAGCAAGAAGACGGUCCCUUUCCAAAGGAACCAGAUGCAAAAGAUUGUAGAAAUCAUGGGGAUACCGACAAAAGAAAAAUGGCCACAUUUGGUCAACAUGCCUGAAUACAACCAGCUCAGCACUCUCUCAAGCUCCAACUCGAGGUCCGGAUCGAAUCUCGAAAAGUGGUACUACAGCACGAUUAAUGCACACGCUCCCACAUCUGUUCCAUCUAAUGCGUCCCUUGGAGCCGAAGGUUACAAGCUGCUCUCUGGCCUACUCGAGUAUGAUCCCGAGCGAAGGCUUACGGCUCAGCAAGCACUGCAGCAUCCUUUCUUCACCACCGGAGAGAAAGUAAGCAGUAAUUGCUUCGAGGGCGUCAAGGCAGAGUACCCGCAUCGCAGAGUCAGCCAGGAUGACAACGAUAUACGCACGAGUAGUCUCCCUGGCACAAAGCGGAGCGGGCUGCCGGACGAUACAAGACCGAUGAAGAGACUGAAGGAAUAA